AUGUUAUCGGAAGCAGAUGUGAUAAGUUCAGAAUUGAAGAGUCACCUAGAUGAAGACUGCAAUAUUUAUAUUUUGGGAGAUACGACUGUUUGCCCUUGUUGUGUUGAUGUGGUGGCUCUAGAACACGUAAAUGCAGAUAUGGUUGUUCAUUUUGGUGACGCAUGCAUGUCUCUCGUUCAAGAUAUACCGGUUUACUACGCAUUCGAGAACGAGCUUCUCGAUGUUGAUUACUGUACAGAAAUUAUUCGCGAACGAUUUGGUGGAAUAACUUCUCCAAUCUAUUUGGGAUAUGAUUUGUCCUUUGCUCGUAGUAUCGAUGCUCUUGUUGAUUCACUCCGUCCCUACUGCCCUACACUGAUAAAGGGUGAGGUAAUGCGAAGUCAAAAUCUCUCGAACAGUGUUCGCUUUGACUCCCAUUACAUUAAAAUGGGCUAUCAUUACUUUAAAAUCGAUGAAAUUGAUCCAAAUGGAAUGGUCUUGUUUAUCGCUCGUGAUGGAGCCAUGAUCAGCAAUUACCAUGAAAAUGGAAAUCUGUAUUCAAUGAUGAUCGACUCGACUUAUACGAAAGCAACUGUUCUUUGCGACUCCCAGCUCCAAAAUGCCACCUUAAACAAGUUUUUAAUGCAACGUUAUGUGAACAUCGAGCGAUUCGAGAAUCUCCGCAUGUUCGGAAUUGUUAUGGGCACGCUUUCUGUCUAUCGAUACAGAGAAAUGCUAAACCGACUUUCCUUUCUCGCAGAGCAGCAUGAGCAGGUUGCUUAUCCCUUCAUGGUUGGGAAACUCACACUUCCGAAGCUCGCAAACUUUCCUGGAAUGGAAGGUUUCGUGCUGAUUGGCUGUGAACGCAGUUGCUUUAUCGAUACGCAUGAAUAUCCGUUCCCCAUCAUUAUGCCUUAUGAGUACGAGAUUUCUAUCGGCGAAAGAGCGUGGGAGUCGGUGUAUAUUCACGAUUACACAAAACUGCUGGGCGAUGUGAAAGAGGAAGAGCUUGUUGAGGCAGAAAUCAACGAAAAGGAUUAUCAAAUGAUUGUGUUUGAGAGCCCAAUGCUGGAGUUCAUCAAUGAGCAGCAUUAUCAUGGACUGGCUCAGACAGGAGAUAUGGAAACGCCUGCAAAACUGAAGAAAGGAAUGUCGGGAAUAGCGACAUGCUAUGAAAAGGAAUUGUUUUAG